GACUUCCACAUUCCCUAAACUACCUGCAUAAUCAAGGAAACCACAAGACAAAAGACAUAAUCGUGGUUUGAUUCAACUCUUCAGCCGCAGGUUCUCGCCAUAAAGUCCCAGGAACAGACUCUGCAAUGCGGUUAAGCUUCCUGUUCCUCCUGACGCUAGCCGGUUUAUACCUUACCCUGGCACAAGGAACAUACGAGGACUGUUGUCUGAAGUUUGUGCAUGAAAUGAACAAGUACACUAAGAGGAUGGUGAUGAGCUACAGGAUGCAGCAGACAGACGGCGGCUGCAAUAUCCCUGCUGUAGUCCUCACCAUGAAGAAAGGCAGGAGGUUCUGUGUCCACCCCAAUGCGAAGUGGGUGAAGGAAUUGAUGGAAAAUGUUCAGUCCAAGAUGGAUGGAAAGAAGCCAAAGACGCCAAAGAAGCAGAGAGGCUAGAAGAUCUUGGAGACCUUGUCAUCAUUGUCACAAGUGCCUUUUAAUGACAUCUUGCAUUUUAUUUUUUUUUUAUUUUUUCUCUACCGCUUAAAGACAUUUGAUGCUUUAACAGAGACCAUCCUGUUAUGAUGCAUACUUACAGUAUAUUUCUGCAUUGCCUGCUGAUGCCUGCAGUCCAGCCAUUCACAAUGUUUUCACAGUAUAACAAGCCCGUAGAAUAAAUGUGUGUGUAGGGAGGUGUAUGAGAGAGAGAUGUGCAUGUUUGUAUUUUUAUAAACUUUUUGGAUUUGAUUUUAGCAUUAAGUUUAUAUAAAACAUAUAAAGCAGGUCCCUACCCAAACGUGGUACGUGCCUACAAUGUUUAAAUGAAACCUGUUUUUAUUUGUAUUUUCAAUGUUUUUACUUCAAAUUUCAUACUUUACUUUUCAUACUUUUUAUACUUGUUCCUUCUACAAAAUAAAUACUAAAAAAUCCUG